AUGUCCAAACAAAACACUAUGACUAGCAGUAUAGCCGAUAUGCUUUCGCAAAACCAACACAGUUUGCAGCAAUUGCAGCAGCUGCAACAGCAACCAUCUAGAAGUUUGACUUCUGCUGAUUACAAGAAUUUCCAGCAAAGCGGAUUGAAUGGAACUAGCGCUAACAACAGAGUUUCGGUUGCUGGCCAGACAAUUCCUUAUCCGACCGAUAACAUAUCUAUCGAUGUGAACCAACCGCGAGGAUCCAUGUCAGCGGAUGUUGUUGGCGUUCAAGGGAAUGCAAAUGCAACUGGUCUUGAAGAAGGAAUUUCUUUCCCUCAAAUGAAUUCUUCCAAGAGACAGCAGCAGACGAAUUCGUUGACUAGCUCGCAUACGCAUGUUAGCAGAAACAGGGCUUCAUUGCAAAGACAUAGGUCCAACGGUCAGGAUCCCAGAUCUCCUUUGGUGGUAUUGAUGCCUACUAAUGCGAACCCUACAGAAGUUCUCUCUCAGAGAUUUGCAGCAUGGAGAGGUAUUAUCAGAUCACUUCUUGUAUAUCUACAAGAAACGGUUUCCAUCCAAGAUGAAGUUGUAAGACAACAUUUGAGAUUGCAGCAUGCAAUUAACUUCCCAUUUUUCACCAUUGAUAGCCAACAUCAACCUACCACUCCAGAGGACAAGAACAUUCAAAAAUUCUUUUUGCCUCUAGGGCACGGAUCUAUUCAGGAUCUACCCACCUUAUUUAAUCAGUACCAUACGCAAAUGGUCCAUGCAGCAUCAAAGGCCUCCAAGGAAUUGAGUCAAGAUGUGAUCCCCAGAUUAGAGGAUAUGAGACGUGAUCUAUUGGUGAAAAUUAAAGAAAUUCAAUCUUUAGAGUCAGAUUUCAAAAAUUCAUGUAACAAGGAACUUCAGGAAACCAAAAUUCGUUUAAAAGCUUUCCAGGAAUCGUUGGAAAAUUCUAAAUACGGAUCUGUGAAACAGGAUCCUUUCCUAGCGAAGAUCCUUUUGGAAAAACAAAUCAAGAAACAGUUGACCGAAGAGAAUUUCUUGCAUGAAGCUUUUAAUAAUUUACAAACUUCUGGUAGGGAGUUGGAAAAAGUUGUUAUGAUGGAAAUUCAAAACGCUUUGACCAGUUACGCUAAAGUUUUAGGCCAAGAAGCUCAGAUAGUGUUUGACGUUUUGAUUUCCAAAUUGGACACUGGUUUUUUCAAUAAAGAUCCUGUCUUUGAAUGGGAAAACUUUGUCGCUAAGGACCCAAAUUUCAUCGAUCCUAACUUACCAAUGAGACGUGUCAAAGACAUUGUUUACAAGAACCAAAAUGAUCCAUUCACGUACGAGAUUAAAUCUGGAAUUCUCGAAAGAAGAUCCAAAUUCUUGAAAUCAUAUUCUCGUGGGUUCUAUGUCUUAACUCCAAGUUUCUUGCAUGAGUUUAAAUCCGGUGAUAGGAAGAAAGACUUGAUUCCCGUAAUAUCGUUGUCUUUGAAUGACUGUACUGUUGCAGAACAUUCCAAGAAAGGAUCUUCAGACUUUAAGUUUAUAUUGCAUACAAAACAAAACGGGAUUAUCCACAGAGGUCAUAAUUGGGUUUUCAGAACAGAUUCUUACGAAUCUAUGAUGGACUGGUUCAACAAUAUUAAACAGCUAACUUCUACCUCCAAUCCUGUGGAAAAAGCUAGAUUUGUCACAGAAAAAUUGAACUUGGAUGGCUCACAUAAUAAAUCGGUAUUGACACACUCUACACCACAAGGCAACCAAGCAGCCAGAGCUAGUGUUGACAACAAUGACUCGAUUCUGGCAACCCCAAGGACAGAAAACGAGAUACACGCUUUUUCUGAAACUACAGGUAACACCACUUUGAACAACUCUAAUAUCGAGCCAAUGAACAAAGCAUCGCAGUUUUUAACCCCUAAAAAUCCUCGUAAAUCAGGCCAAUAUUCAUUAGAAAAUUCUGCCAAGAAUAACGUGUAG